CCUACCUCUCGUCCAGCUUCUUCCUUCCUCUCCCAAGACAUAUGAAUCUCGUAAAUAACCAGAGCAUAGAAGACACAUGUGGAAUCUUCACUGUUAUCCAUAUCUCAUCUGACCACCUCUUAUCUGACCACUUCGCACUUGAUUCCAAGUCUCAUGUCCACAAUGACCACAUCCAUACAACUUUCGUCCACAUCCACACAUCCUCUGUCUGCAUCACGAGAGCUCGAUGUCGUCGUCCUCUCCACAUUGAAGGUCGGACCUGCUCACCAUCGUCUUCCCUACUUCUCCUCCAGCUUCUUCCUCCCUCUCCCAAGACACUCGCCACUGAAACUGCGGCGUCAACGACGUAAAUCCUUGUCGUGUCCUUUUUCGAUUCUUCUCAGAAUCUCGCUUCUCGUACGCGCCACUGAAGCGAUGACAGAGGUGGUGCAGAGCUUCAUCAGUGUCCAUCUCCAUCACAGAGAUCCAUCAUCCAUAUCCAUGGCAAAGUUGAUAUCUUUUAUCAUGAAAGAACACGGCGGUGAACACGACUGUCUCAGAAAGUGACAGAGAAGACGACGGUGCUUUGGUUCAAUUGUAAUUAUCCAAGAUGAUAGAUGAAUAUGAAAGAUUGUUUUUAGGAUUAGGUUAAGAGAAAGGGGAUCUGGAGAUUUUGAGUUAUCGAUGCAAAAUAUAUAAAAAAUUAAUGUUUUUAUAAUUCAUUAUUUAUUCAAACACGUUGAUAUCUAGUUCAAGGGCAAAUUGGACAAAGUGACUUGAGAAAGUGUCUUCCAAACCCAAAGUGUCUAAAUUGGUAAUUGGAAACACAAAAUGUGUCCUUGAAGGUAAACUUUUCUUCAGAUAAUGACAUUGAUUAUUAUAAUAAAUUUUAAAAUAAAAUCAAAUAAAAUACGGAGGUCAAAUACGUAAAUCACACAAAAUACGAGACUCCAUAUAAUAGGACCGUAUAGGUAUAGCUCGAGUUGAUAGACAGAAAUAAAAACACUCUCAAAACGUUACAAAACCUCUUCACAUUUUUCUUCUUGCUACCCCUUAAUGGCUUCUGACGAGAGCAUGGUCAUCAACUCUUCUUCAGUUCUAGACGAAGAGUACGACGAUACCGAUGAUGGGUUUCAUUACCAGACCAGACAAAGCAGUUUGUCUAGGUUAUCUAUCUGCACGAGCUCCUUUCACGACGACGAUGACGAUAACUUCACAAGUCAACCUUCUGAACUGGGUACCUUCAUGUCUGAGCUCUCUCUGGAGAGCUUCGACGACGUAGGAGCCGAGGCUGACGGAGAAAUCUCCGACGGUGAAGAUUCAGAUUCCGAUAAGGAAUCUUCAGGGUUCUACUCUCUCCCGACGAUCAUGUCUCGCCGGAGAAGAAAAGUCAACGAGAUGACGAACGUCGAUGGCAGUACUGUAGUUAAGCAGAGAAGCUACGGUCACGGUUUUAACGGUGUGGAGAGAGACGGAGACGGAAAACGUUACGGAGGAGAGUUGACGGUGUUAACUAAUGUGAAAGGAGGAAAGAAGUCGAUGAAGAUGGGUUUUGAGGAAGUGAAGGCUUGUAGAGAUCUCGGGUUCGACGUGGAAGUUCCGGGUCGGGUUUCAGUAUCCAUCGGGCCAAACCGGGAGACUCAGACUAGUAGUGGCAGCAACUCUCCGAUUGCCAACUGGCGUAUCUCGAGCCCUGGGGAUGAUCCGAAGGAGGUUAAGGCGAGACUGAAGAUGUGGGCACAAGCAGUUGCUUUAGCUUCUGCGUCACGUUAAAGCUUUCUUAUGUUAGGGUUGUUCUUUCGAAUAUUUAGGUUUUUUAUUCUUGUCCUAUUGUCUUAUGAGUUAUUAUCAGUUUUUUUCUUGAAUCUGUAACUCUUCUACUGGGUUUGUAAAUAUGAAAGGUAUAACUAUAUGUUUUUUGUUCAAUGUUGAUACAAAAAGCUACUCAAUUUACUUGUAAACCAUUCACGUGGAUUAUGUGUU